UAUUGUGCGCCACACGACGUAACAAACUGCGUAAGCGGGCGGCUGUUGAAAACAACUGCUGCGUGUUAAAGCUUUUUAUUUUUAUUAAACGUUAAAGGUGUUUUUUUGAGAAAGAGUUCUAGCCAUGGCGAUGCAAGCAGCUAAACGAGCGAAUAUUCGCCUUCCUCCGGAGGUGAACAGGAUUCUGUACAUACGCAACCUGCCGUACAAGAUCACAGCAGAAGAAAUGUACGACAUCUUCGGGAAAUAUGGACCGAUUCGGCAGAUUAGAGUUGGGAACACACCAGAAACCAGGGGAACCGCUUACGUAGUCUAUGAGGACAUCUUUGAUGCUAAAAAUGCCUGUGACCACCUUUCCGGAUUCAACGUUUGCAACAGAUACCUGGUUGUUUUGUACUACAAUGCAAACAGAGCUUUCCAGAAAAUGGACACAAAGAAAAAAGAAGAGCAGUUGAAACUUCUCAAGGAGAAAUAUGGCAUAAAUACAGACCCCCCAAAGUAAAACAGUCAUUAUCCCUCGGCUCCCUAACUGAACCCCUUUAAACAAGAAUGAAAAUAAACUACGCAUUUUGUAUAGAUAAUUUACCUUCAUUUUUACGUUUUAAACAUUGAGCUGUUAAGAUUUUUCUUCCUGAUAUAAAACUUGUUUGUACCACUGGGUGGUUAUUUUGCCUCUUUACUCAGACUUUGUAAUUGAGUUUUAUGUGAAUUAAUGAAUAAAUCAUGUCCGUCUUAA